CUAGCAUACGUGCUACAACGUUGAGUAUACAUACGGGAGCUCAUACUGAUUACUCUUUUCAACCCCAAUGGUCUACUAGAACUGGCGUAUGGCCUCAGGCCAAGGUUGCAUUAAUUUCUAAGUUGCAAAGGAAUCAUGUCUGCCGCUCAAAAAGCUCAUAAUGUCACCUCGGGAAAGAAACGAAAUCAGAGCGUAAUCACUACGCUCAACUGCUUACUUUUGCCAGCCAGCCAGCGCCUCGAAGAUCCCCCUUUGCAGGUGACAAUGAGGGCAAUAUUCAUUGCGUCAGACCGAAUUCCGGUCUGGUCGGAUUAGCCUGCAUGCACCAUGACGGGGUCACACGGCUGGGCUUCUCAUUUCCCCUCUUUCUCACCUAUUGCAACGACAAAAGCCGACCCUGUUUCCAGGCUGGGAGGAUUGCACAUAUGCGUGUGUUGCCAGUCAGCAGCAGCCUAAUGGCUCCAUCACGAUAUAAUAUAUAUAUACCGUGUGCGUGCUGCACCCCUCAGCAGCGGCGUGAUCAUGUGCUUCCUUCUCUUAGUACCUGCUUGCUCGGUUACGUCAAGUGAUAGCUGCUUUUUGGUGUCUCCCCCGUGGUGAUAGAAUCUUUCUCUAUACAGGCCGCUUUAUAAGCCAUGCAUCCUCUUAUUUUUCUGUGCUUGGGCGCCAUCUCGGCCGCUUCACCUUGCCAGGCACGCGAUAAGCCGUUUGACAACUUGAUCACAUUUGGUGACAGUUUCACAGACAACGGGCGGCUUCAAUACUAUCUCCUCAACCAAGCUAACCCUCCCCCGCCGGGCGUCCUCCACCCUGAGGUCAAUCAGACGGCCAGCGGUGGCCUCGCAUGGGGCCAGUUUGCUUCACGAGCCGUGGGCUCGAGAUAUUUUGACUACGCGGUCAGCGGUGCUGUUUGCUCAAACAAGAUCACUCCUCGCUAUUUCACUGGCCUCAACAGAACCUUCCCCACGGUACUCGAAGAUGAGUUGCCGUCGUUUGUGGCAGACGCUACGGUUCCUGGUGAUGUGCUUUAUGCCGGAGACCGCACAGCCGAGAACACUGUUUAUGCCUUGUGGAUCGGGACCAAUGAUAUCGGUCAGAAUGCGUUUCUGACCGAUUCACAGGUCGCUGGGAAGAAUCUUAGUACAUUCACCGAUUGCGUCUGGGAGGUCUUUGAUGGGAUAUACGCCGCUGGCGGUCGCCGCUUUGUGCUGCUGAAUGAGGCACCCCUAGACCUGUCCCCUCUGUACGCCCCUAGCGGGAGUGGUGGCUCCGGGGACUCUGUCUUCUGGCUCAACAAGACGAGCUACAAUGAAACUCAAUACAGCCAAAAGAUGAUGCAGUACACAAGCACUAUCAACACGGUCUUUGACUACGGCGUACCGUUCAAUUUAUUGGUCCAGAGCCGGUGGCCCAAGGCUGUUUUCUCCAUCUUCGACGUCCAUGGCUUCUUGACCGACAUUUCGAACACCCCAGAUGCCUACUUCGACGCGCCGGCAAAUUCAACCGGCUUCUAUCACUACUGCCGUCCGCAGAACAGCUCUGACUGUGUUAAUGCUGCUGAACCCGAUUCAAGCUUCAUGUGGUAUGAUGAGCUGCACCCGUCUGAACGGACUUCAUUGCAUAUUGCGGACGAGUUCCUCCAAGUUCUUGGUGACAAAUCGGCAUACGGAAAGACUUGGGUGUCGUAGUAGAACAGAAACCAAGCAGGCCAGUCAGUGUACAUGGGGAUUGUUGAUUAUACUAAUGAUUCCCUGCCUCUAUAACGAUAUGUACCAGGGACAUAUCUAAAGCUGGAAUAGUCAGUAAUAUAACAACAGAAGAAACCCCAUUGGCAGAAAGGAGCCGACUGGCAACUUGAUUGUUUGGAACGAAGCACUCCAGUCUCAAAAGUAAAUUGCGAGAUGCCGGAUCCAUGGCCCAUCAAGCCAUGAAGACCAUCAUCCCAACUGCAAAGUGAAAAUGUCAAGCGGAGCUAAGCAGGUAAUUAAUUACACAAAGGGCA